AGGACCAUGCGGCAGUAGCAGCCAUGCUGCCCUUCCUGCUGGCCACGCUGGGCACCACGGCCCUGAACAACAGCAACCCCAAGGACUACUGCUACAGCGCCCGCAUCCGCAGCACUGUCCUGCAAGGCCUGCCCUUCGGGGGUGUCCCCACCGUGCUGGCUCUUGACUUCAUGUGUUUCCUUGCACUGCUGUUCUUAUUCUCCAUCCUCCGGAAGGUGGCCUGGGACUAUGGGCGGCUGGCUUUGGUGACAGAUGCAGACAGGCUUCGGCGGCGGGAGAGGGACCGAGUGGAACAGGAAUAUGUGGCUUCAGCUAUGCACGCCGACAGUCAUGACCGGUAUGAGCGCCUCACCUCUGUCUCCAGCUCCGUCGACUUUGACCAAAGGGACAAUGGCUUCUGUUCCUGGCUGACAGCUAUCUUCAGGAUAAAGGAUGACGAGAUCCGGGACAAGUGUGGGGGCGACGCCGUCCACUACCUGUCCUUCCAGCGGCACAUCAUCGGGCUACUGGUGGUCGUGGGCGUCCUCUCCGUGGGCAUCGUGCUGCCGGUCAACUUCUCAGGGGACCUGCUGGAGAACAAUGCCUAUAGCUUUGGGAGAACCACCAUCGCCAACCUGAAAUCAGGGAACAAUCUCCUCUGGCUGCACACCUCCUUCGCCUUCCUGUACCUGCUGCUGACCGUCUACAGCAUGCGGAGACACACCUCCAAGAUGCGCUACAAGGAGGACGACCUGGUCAAGCGGACACUCUUCAUCAACGGAAUCUCCAAAUAUGCAGAGUCGGAAAAGAUCAAGAAGCACUUUGAGGAGGCCUACCCCAACUGCACCGUCCUCGAAGCCCGGCCUUGUUACAACGUGGCACGCCUUAUGUUCCUUGAUGCUGAGAGGAAGAAGGCUGAGCGCGGAAAGCUCUACUUCACAAACCUGCAGAGCAAGGAGAACGUGCCUGCCAUGAUCAACCCCAAGCCCUGUGGCCACCUGUGCUGCUGCGUGGUGCGCGGUUGCGAGCAGGUGGAGGCCAUCGAGUACUACACGAAGCUGGAACAGAAGCUGAAGGAGGAUUACAAGCGGGAGAAGGAGAAGGUGAACGAGAAGCCCCUGGGCAUGGCCUUCGUCACCUUCCAUAACGAGACCAUCACCGCCAUCAUCCUGAAGGACUUCAACGUGUGCAAGUGCCAGGGCUGCGCCUGCCGCGGGGAGCCCCGCACCUCCUCCUGCAGUGAGGCCCUGCACAUCUCCAACUGGACUGUGUCCUACGCACCUGACCCCCAGAACAUCUACUGGGAACACCUCUCCAUCCGUGGCUUCGUCUGGUGGCUGCGUUGCCUGGUCAUCAACGUGGUCCUCUUCAUCCUGCUCUUCUUCCUCACCACCCCGGCCAUCAUCAUCACCACCAUGGACAAGUUCAACGUCACCAAGCCCGUGGAGUACCUCAACAACCCCAUCAUCACCCAGUUCUUCCCCACCCUGCUGCUGUGGUGCUUCUCGGCCCUGCUCCCCACCAUCGUCUACUACUCUGCCUUCUUUGAGGCCCACUGGACACGCUCCGGGGAGAACAGGACCACCAUGCACAAGUGCUACACCUUCCUCAUCUUCAUGGUGCUGCUCCUGCCCUCGCUGGGACUGAGCAGCCUGGACCUCUUCUUCCGCUGGCUCUUUGACAAGAAGUUCUUGGCUGAGGCUGCCAUUCGGUUUGAGUGUGUGUUCCUGCCGGACAACGGCGCCUUCUUCGUGAACUACGUCAUUGCCUCAGCCUUUAUCGGCAACGCCAUGGACCUGCUGCGCAUCCCGGGCCUGCUCAUGUACAUGAUCCGGCUCUGCCUAGCCCGCUCUGCUGCUGAGAGACGCAACGUAAAGCGGCAUCAGGCCUACGAGUUCCAGUUUGGCGCAGCCUACGCCUGGAUGAUGUGCGUCUUCACGGUGGUCAUGACCUACAGUAUCACCUGCCCCAUCAUCGUGCCCUUCGGGCUCAUGUACAUGCUGCUGAAGCACCUGGUAGACAGGUACAAUCUCUACUAUGCCUACCUGCCCGCCAAGCUAGACAAGAAGAUCCACUCAGGGGCCGUGAACCAAGUGGUAGCCGCACCCAUCCUCUGCCUCUUCUGGCUGCUCUUCUUCUCCACCAUGCGCGCAGGGUUCCUGGCCCCCACAUCCAUGUUCACAUUUGUUGUCCUGGUCAUCACCAUCGUCAUCUGUCUCUGCCACGUCUGCUUUGGACACUUCAAAUACCUCAGUGCCCACAACUACAAGAUUGAGCACACAGAGACAGAUGCCGUGGGUCCCAGAAGCAACGGACAGCCCCCCACUGCUGCCGCUGUCCCCAAAUCUGCGAAAUACAUCGCUCAGGUGCUGCAGGAUUCAGAGGGAGAUGGAGAUGGGGACGGGGCUCCCACAAGCUCAGGGGACGAGCCCCCAUCAUCCUCAUCCCAAGACGAGGAGCUGCUGAUGCCACCAGAUGGGCUCACGGACACGGACUUCCAGUCCUGCGAGGACAGUCUCAUAGAGAACGAGAUCCACCAGUAAGGGGAGGGCAGGGCCCUGGAGGCCACGCCCUGCCCGCUCGCCCCACCCCCACGGACACUAAAA